AUGCAACAUCUUUUGAAUCCACUAACAUCCACUCCAACUUACCAACAGAUGACGAACGAAUUCGAUUUUACAAACCACUCCCAUCGUCGCUUCAAUCCGUUGAGCAACACAUAUGUCUUAUGCUCACCACAUAGAGCUAAGAGACCAUGGCAAGGUGCUCGAGAAGAGAUUAAGAAGGUUGCGUUGCCCAACUACGAUCCCAAGUGCUACUUAUGUCCUGGAAAUGUCAGAGCCACUGGAGACGUCAAUCCUAAAUUCGAAGCCACAUUUGUUUUCCCUAACGACUAUCCAGCUGUGAAGUUGGACCAACCAAACUACGUGGAAGAAGAGUCCAAGGAUUCUUUGAAGGGAAAGUUGUUGAAGACCCAAGGUGUCAAAGGGAAGUGUUUUGUUAUUUGCUUCAGCCCCAACCAUAGUCUCACUUUACCAGUGAUGUCGAUACCAGAGAUCACCAAUGUGGUCGAAGCUUGGACACUGUUGUACAACAGUUUGCAACGUGAAGCUCUUUCAGGAAAUGCUCCCUACAAAUAUUUACAGAUCUUCGAGAACAAAGGCUUUGCUAUGGGCUGCUCCAACCCACAUCCACACGGCCAGGCCUGGUGUUUGGACGUGGUACCUACGGAAGUCGACAACGAAUUACAGAACAUGCAAAAGUACCACCAGGAGAACCUUACUCAUAUGUUGGGUGAUUACGUAAAGCUCGAGUUACAAGAGAAGGAAAGGAUAGUAGUGGAAAAUGACUCCUUUAUCGUGGUCGUUCCAUACUGGGCUCUCUGGCCAUUUGAAACUUUGUUGAUAGCUAAAGAACACCUCAGAUCCACGCAAGAUUUUACUGAGAAGCACAAACAAGACCUUGCCGAAGUGCUUAAGGUCUUGACUACAAAGUACGACAACUUGUUUAAUACCUCUUUUCCCUACUCUAUGGGUAUCCACCAAGCCCCAUUGCAAUGUUCUGAACACGAGAAGGAUGCUUCCUGGUUCCACAUGCAUUUCUACCCUCCCUUGUUGAGAUCAGCUACUGUCAAGAAGUUCUGUGUUGGCUUUGAGAUGUUGGGUGAACCCCAGAGAGAUUUGACCAGUGAACAGGCUGCUGCACGUCUCCAGGAAUUGAGCGGGGAUUUUCACUUCAGCCGUAACUAA